AUGUCUGCAUCAUCAUUAUCAGCAACAAUAGGAACGUAUGGUUUUAUAGCUACUUUUUCCUUGGGUCUUAUUGGACAUUCGUGCAGUUUAUUGACAUUUUCUCAACAUCAACUUCGUUCGACUUCUACAACUUUUCUCUUUCGUAGUAUUACGCUAUUUGAUAUGUUCUAUUUACUUAUGAGUCUUUAUGAUUUUUCUCUUAUUAAUCUUGGUUUACCUCAAUUAAGUCCUUAUUAUAUAUCAUUAUGUCGAUUUCGGACAUUCAUUAUCAAUUUUGUUCAAACAAUAUCACCUUGGCUAUUAGUUUUUAUAGGAAUCGAUCGAGUAAUUCGUGUUCGUUUACCACAUCGUAAAAAACAAUUAUGUACAAAGAGGAAUGUUGUUAUAGUUCUUCUUGUGUCUAGUCUAUGUGCCGUAGCAUUCAAUAGUCAUGUUCUUCAACCAUCUUUUGCUACUGCAUUUUCAUUCAGUCGUAUUAUUUGUGGUCCAUUACGUGUAAAUUUAACUGAUUAUGGUACAUUCUAUUAUUUUACUUGGCCCGCUCUACAAAUAUGGAUAAAUAUUCUCGUACCUGCAUUAUUAAUGAUUGUUUGUCUCAUUGCUGUUUAUCGAAAAGUACGAAAUGUAGUAAUGGUUCGUCAUAAUCAACAACUUCAAAAACAGAUGCUUGUUCUUAUGUUAUCAAGAAUUAUUUUAUUUCUUAUAUGUACAUUACCCUAUGGUAUCUAUCGUAUGUUCACGAUCUAUUUAGCUUAUGAACAAAAUACAACAGAAUAUUUUACAUACUUAAUUGUCAUUGCUAUAUUGACUAUAUUCUUGAAUGCUAAUUUUUCUUUGGCUUUUUAUAUUCAUUGUUUGACAUCAACUUUAUUUCGACGGACAUUCUUCAAUACUAUAAAGAAAUGUAUACAACGACCACAAAGACAAGCUAUUGUUCAACCAGCUGUAUACAUAACCGGUUGA